CAAAUUUUGGUAUUAGAGUGAAGUCUUACACAAAAAUAUUUCAGUCGCUUCAUUACAUUCUUUUGUACAUUGUCUUGUGUAGCUUUUAAAUUUCUUAGUAUCACAUUCUUCAUCUGUCUCUAAAUGUGUUUGUUCAUCUCAGACUUUAUCAGACACUUCCUAUUUCUAUUGGAAAUGUUCUAACAGCUUUGUUACACUCUCUUCUGGGUUACGAUGAACGAUGUCCCUGGAAAAUUUCUAGAGCCUCCAGGGUCUAGAAAUUGUGACGGUGAGAAAGAGGAGCCAUCCCUAAAUGACAGCAGUGCCACAGAAGGAGAAAAAGAAAAUGCAGGAAAGCCAGCUGACAUAAAACAUGAGAAAAAUGGUGAAAACAUAGUGGACGGAUUUGUAUUCAUUGAUGAGGAGACUGGUGCAGUAGAAGAACAUACAACAGACUCGCCAAGUCCUCCAUUUUCAUCAGUACAGGCUCAAAAUGAAGCACAACUGGCAAGUUCUUCCUGGGGUGGAUUGUGGCCCACAGUAAACAUCUUCCGAUUCACCAAUGGGCAGACUUUUGGUGCUGAUGAAGCAAUAAUGAAAAAAGUGAAGGAUAACAAAAACUUCUGUCUAACCUACUUGCAAAGCUAUCUGCCAAUCUCCUUGUUAACCUACUGGCUGGCUCCUACAAUUGAGGAAAAACAAAGUCCAGAGGAAUCUUCGGUCAUCAUUGUCUUUUGUCCAAUCACCUCACGCGUUGGUUCAGAUGUGGAAUCAGUAAUGACAAAUCCACAAGUGGCAUCAGUGAAGAAACCGAUCAUCUUGGUUCUGAUGCAUCACACCAGAGAUCCUGACUAUUCAACUGCCGGAACAAAAUGGUCUGAAGUGUAUAAAAAUGUUGUGCUUGAUGUUCAUGUUUUCUUCCAUGAGACAGAACCAGGAUUACUGACUUGUCAACAAAACGAUCAGGCAAUCGAAGCCAUUGAGAAAAAGUUAUAUGUCUACAUUACUUGGCCUUUUGUCUCCACUUUCUUGAAAUGGUUAAAUCAUAACCCAACACAGGAUGUUCCCUGCAGAAAAGAGACAAAUGUGUGAUUCUGCCCCAAACUGGUCAUUUUCCAGUUGCUUUGAGUUGUUUUGCAGUCUCAUGUCACUCUGCCUGUUAAUAUGAAAUCAUAAUAAAGCAUGUAUGUGUCUAAUAAACUGGCCAGUGAAUAAUAACAUAAUAUAAUGAAGAAUUAAAGCUACAGAGUCAGCUUAUAAAAUCAUUAUACGAGGGAAAAAUGUUAAUAGGACUCCACAGAUCCGACUAUUUGAUCGAUCAGAUCAUAAAUCCGUAUGAAGACUCAAUUUCCCAGAGUUCUCUGCGGCUCAGCGCUCCAGGCUGGACCUGUGGGAGCUGGCAGUGUUGUGUUCAGCAUCCUGAUGGAGAGACGCUGACCGGAGCUCCGAGCUUCAUCAGUCUUAUCCGCUCACUGUGUCCGAACCGAACCCCGAUUCCCAGCAGGUCCGGCGGGGCUCCGUCCACUUCUCUCUUCCUGUCUUUGUUGUUGCGGACUGUGCGGGGAUGGAGGUUGCGGAGUGCGGGGUGUGCGGGGUGAAGGUGAUGUGCCGCUUCAGGCCGCUGAGCGACUCGGAGCGGAGCCGCGGAGACAAAUUCAUCCCCAAAUUCAACGGAGAGGACACGGUGGUGCUGGCGGGGAAGCCGUAUGUGUUCGACAGAGUUUUUCCUCCAAGCACUGAACAGAUUCAGGUGUAUGACACCUGUGCUAAACAGAUCGUCAAAGACGUGUUGGGAGGCUACAAUGGAACCAUCUUUGCUUACGGUCAGACGUCAUCAGGAAAGACUCACACCAUGGAGGGGAAGCUGCACGACCCCCAUAUGAUGGGGAUCAUCCCCAGGAUCUCCAGAGACAUCUUUGACCACAUCUACUCCAUGGACGAGAACCUGGAGUUCCACAUCAAGGUGUCCUACUUUGAGAUUUAUCUGGAUAAAAUCCGAGACUUGCUGGACGUGUCAAAAACCAACCUGGCUGUUCAUGAGGAUAAAAACAGGGUUCCCUAUGUCAAGGGUUGCACUGAGCGUUUUGUGUCGAGUCCUGAGGAGGUGAUGGACGUGAUCGAUGAAGGAAAAGCUAACAGACAUGUCGCUGUCACCAACAUGAAUGAGCACAGUUCUCGCAGCCACAGCAUUUUCCUGAUCAACAUCAAGCAGGAGAACGUGGAGACGGAGAUGAAACUGUCUGGGAAACUUUAUCUGGUCGACCUGGCAGGCAGCGAGAAGGUCAGUAAAACUGGAGCUGAAGGUUCUGUGUUGGAUGAAGCAAAGAACAUCAACAAGUCUCUGUCUGCUCUUGGGAACGUCAUCGCUGCACUCAGUGAAGGAACGAAAACCCACGUCCCAUACCGAGACAGCAAGAUGACCAGGAUUCUGCAGGAUUCUCUAGGGGGAAACUGUCGGACCACCAUCAUCAUCUGCUGCUCUCCUUCUGUUUACAAUGAGGCUGAGAGCAAGUCCACCCUCAUGUUUGGUCAGAGGGCUAAAACCAUAAAGAACACGGUUUCUGUCAACCUUGAGCUGACUGCCGAGGAGUGGAAGAAAAAGUACGAGAAGGAGAAAGAAAAGAACAGAAGUUUGAGCAUCAUGAUCCAGAAACUGGAGAAUGAGCUGAAGCGCUGGAGGAAAGGUGAGUCUGUACCUGUGGAGGAGCAGCUGAGCAACAGGAGUAAGAAGAUCAGCACUGAGACGCCAGCAGUGAUCGAGAGCUUAGCCCCGCCCACCGCCCCUCUGUCAGAGGAGGAGAAGGCGCAGUACGAGACGCUCAUCACCAACCUCUACCAGCAGCUGGACGACAAGGACGAUGAGAUCAACCUGCACAGUCAGACGUCCGAGAAGCUCAAGCAGCAGCUGAUAGAGCAGGAUGAGCUGCUGCUGUCCAGGAGCCAGGACUACGAGCGUCUGCAGGAGGAGCUGAGCCGGCUGCAGAGGGACAGCGAUUCAGCUAAAGAGGAGGUGAAGGAGGUGCUGCAGGCGCUGGAGGAGCUGGCCGUCAACUAUGACCACAAGAGCCAAGAGGUGGAGAACAAGACGCGCUGCAACGAGCAGCUGAACGAGGAGCUGGCACACAAAACGGCGGGUCUGGAGGCCGUUCAGAGGGAGUUGUCCACCAUGCAGGAGCUCAGCACUCACCACAAGAAGAGAUCUGCAGAGAUUGUCAAUCUGCUGAUCAGAGACCUCAGUGAGAUCGGCAGCGUCCUCGGAACCACAGAGCUCAAAGCUAUGGCUGAGAUGAGCGGCGUGAUGGAGGAGGAGUUCACCACGGCUCGUCUCUACAUCAGCAAGAUGAAGUCUGAGGUCAAGUCUCUGGUGAACCGCAGCAAACAGCUGGAGGUCAGCCUGACGGAGAACACCGGCAAGAUGGAGGUCAACGAGAAGGAGCUGAGCGCCUGCCAGCUGCUCGUCUCUCAGCUUCAGGCCAAGUUGGAAUCCCUGUCUGUCGACCUGCAGAGGAUGGAGCAGAAGAAGCGGCAGCUGGAGGAGAGUCAGGAUGCUCUGAUGGAGGAGGUUGCUAAGCUACACGCUCAGGGUCAGAUGCAUGAGGUGACAGUGAUGGACAAAGAGAAAGAACACAUGAGCAGACUGAAGGAUGCUGUGGAGAUGAAGAGAACGUUGGAGGAACAGAUGGAGAACCACAGGGAGGUUCAUCAGAAACAGCUGAGCCGACUCCGCGAUGAGAUCGAACAGAAGCAGAGAGACAACGACCUGCUCAAAGAUGUUAAUCAGGCUCUGCACCUGGAGAACAGAAAACUUCAGUCUGACUUUGACAAACUCAGAGCCGAGGACCAAAACAAGGAGCAAAGACUCCAGAAACUGCAGUUUCUGAAUGAGAAGAGAGAACAAGCCAAGGAGGAUCUGAAGGGCUUGGAGGAAACUGUGACCAAAGAGCUGCAGACUCUGACCAACCUCCGGAUCCAGUUCAUACAAGACAUCACGUCUCGAGUCAAGAACAGCUCAGAGAACGACAACGACGAGGCCGGCGGCAGUUUGGCUCAGAGACAGAGGAUCAUCUUCCUGGAGAACAACCUGGAGCAGCUCAGCAGAGUCCACAAACAGCUGGUGCGGGAUAACGCAGACCUGCGCUGCGAGCUGCCCAAGCUGGACCGGCGGCUGCGUGCCACCGCAGAGCGAGUCAGAGUGCUGGAAACGGCCCUGAAGAAUGCCAAGGAGUCGGCUCUGAGGGACCGCAAACGGUACCAGCAGGAGGUGGACCGGAUCAAAGAGGCCGUCCGGUCCAAGAACAUCUCCAGGAGGGGGCACUCUGCUCAGAUUGCCAAGCCAAUCAGAGCCGGGCACCAGUACCAUCACUCAUCCUCCUCCCCAUCUAUUAAACCGACCAUCAGAGGAGGGGGCGUGGCCUCCAGUCCUCGCCAUCACUCCUCCCGACACCAAGCAGCUCAACAGCAUCAACAGCCACAGUGAAACCACAAGCGACUCCAGAUAACAGCCUAACUGUGGAUCAGUUUAUUUAUUCUUUGUUUCUGAACAUCUUUACUCAACUCUCCUGUCUUCACCAUUCUGCCUUUACUGGAAACUCAUUUCCUCAAUUUUCCUCUUCAACAGCCAAUAAUAGUUUGACUUGUUCUCUGAAUCAGAAAAACAAAGCUGUUUGUUUUAGUUUCUGUGUCUCUGAUCCAUUCAUUUAAUUCAUCUUGUCUUUCUGCAGUAUUAAAACCUGAACUUUAGAAAACAGACGCCUAAAGCUCUUGCUGCUGUUGUUUUCUUAAGUACAACCCAAGUAAUGCACAUUGAUGCAUCACAGUGCAAUUCUAGAAGAAUUAUCUUUAUUCAACUUUGAACUGUUAGACACUUUCCUGACUAAAUUGAGAAAACAGAGUAUUUUCACCUCAGGUUGGAUUUUUUUGUAUUUGUCUUGAUUGAUAAACAAUAUUAGAAAUGACAUUUUAGGAAUUUUUGAAACAGGCUUUGUCCUUCCAACAGCUAAUAAUAAUAAUAAUAAUAUAAUAAUAAUAAUAAUAAUAAUAAUAAUAAUAAUAAUAAUAAUGCUUUUAAACUGCAGUAUAAUUCAAAUAAACACUCCGCCUAGUCAUCUGAUUUUAAUUGUAUUUACAGUAUUACAGUAUAAACCUUUAAAAAAAGAAAUACCUCAGAUAAUUUCAUGUAUUUGCACAUCAUUGCUUUAUGAGUUUACAGUGCUGUAAUAAUUGUUUUUUAAUCAUUUUUGCUGCCAUGACUUGAGUUUCAAUUGUUCUUUUCGUGAAUGUUUGAACCUACCUGUCCAAGUGUUGCCUUUUUCAACAUUUUAUAUUUUAUUACUGGACAUUUUGAUACUUUUUUAUAUUAAUUUUUAAUUUCAUUGUUAUUGCUGGAGAUUUCCUCAGCUGCUCCUGACAGAUUCUACAAACAUUACGUUUCUUCCAGAGAGAAUACAGUAAACCAAACUCACCAAAAUGCAUCAUGAGCUGGAUAGUGUCUGUUAGACCCGUGGUGUGUUUAUGUCUGUGGGAUUCAGAUGUUACGGAAGUGUUGUGCUGUAUUUGCUAUUUCUGGUAUUUGUAGUCACAAUCACUGAUUUUCAAUGAUUCUAUUUAUUUUACUGUAUUUAUUUCACUAACAUAAUUGAACUAUGUCUACUGUAAUUGUUUUGUGUAAUUAUUGAACAUUACUUCAUCAUGGUAUUAGUUAUAAUUUUGUUUAGAUUGCAAUUUUUUUCCCUGUAAUGUUUAAUCAUUUAAUAUUUAGUCAUUUUCUAUAUUUAUUUUCAUCCAUGUAUUGUACUGUAUUUUCAAUUAUUUUUUUUACAUUUGUAUUUUACUUACUAUAUUUAUUUUGCUGAAUUUUUACUGUCUUUUGCAGUUUUUCAUUGCAGGCCUACGUUAAACUAAAAGCUGAUAUUUCUAUUAUAGAUGUUAAAUUAUUAUUUUUCCUCCAGUGUUUAAAGCACAAUCUUAUGGCCUCUUCAAUUACAAAAAUAAAGUGUUUCUGAUGUCAAA